AUGUUCGGAUGUUCCAGGAAAAAAGGUGAAAGUCAAGAAAAUGAAUUCAAGGAUGCUGCAUCUCUUUGUUUACCUGUUAUAAAUGCAGCCAUAAAAGAUGUAGAAAAUGAGACUUUCCCCAAAAGCUCUUCCUUACAUAUCACCGUUCCUUCUUCCCUUUUAGAAAACAAAGGUUUUAAGUUGACAGAGCAGAGUUUAUGGAGGUCAAAACCGGUAUGGCAAGCGAUUGUAGCCAAUAGGAACCCUUCAACUGCAAGGUUUAUGUCAAAUCAACCACGCAUGAGUUUGCAACUUGCACAACUUGGUCGAGAUGCAUCUGCAACAGUAUCAAGAAGAUUAAACUCACAGAAGAAGAGGUUGGAGGUUGUUGAAUCAGUUGGCGUAUCAGGGAAGGCUGACCGCAAUAAAACAGUCAAAUACUUCAGGAUAGAGUAUCAAGACACGCCCCAAGAAGAAACAUAUGAAAAUGUUGAUUUCAGAGCCCUUUUGAGUGGAUUUGUGUCAGUUACUUCCAUAUCUGUAUCUCAUAUGAUUGAGGUAGAUAUUGAAAAAUAA